AUGGGUUUCUUGCAGUUUCUUUCUUUCUUUUGUUUACUUAAUUUUCUUUCAAUUUUGUCAUCCGUAAAUUCUGAAAACAGUCAUCUGGAAACGUAUAUUGUUCAUGUCGAGUUGCCUACCAAUACUAGCCCAGCGUUGAACAGUUUUUUAAAUGAUCUGCAUAGCCUGUAUCAAACAUUUUUGCCCACAACCACAACAAAUUCAGAGGAGGAAUCUCGCAUGAUCUAUUCCUACCAUAAUGUGUUUAAAGGUUUUGCUGCGAGAUUAUCGCCUGAGGAAGUGAAGGCAAUGGAAAAGAUUCCGGGAUUCAUUUCGGCCCGAGUGCAAAAGGUAGUACCUCUACAUACAACCCAUUCUCCUAACUUCCUGGGGUUGAACCAAAAUAUGGGGUUCUGGAAAGAUUCCAACUACGGUAAAGGUGUGAUUAUUGGAGUGUUAGACAGUGGAAUAAUCCCUGACCAUCCUUCAUUUAGCGAUGAAGGAAUGCCCCCACCUCCUGCUAAGUGGAAGGGAAAGUGUGAAUUUAAUUUCAUGGCGUGUAACAAUAAGCUCAUUGGAGCGAGAAAAUUUUCAAUUGGAAAUGGGACACCAUUGGAUGAGAGUGGCCAUGGCACGCACACUGCAAGCACCGCUGCUGGAAAUUUUGUACGAGGUGCAAAUUUGUUUGGCAAUGCAAAUGGCACGGCUGUGGGGAUAGCGCCGCUUGCUCACUUGGCUAUAUAUAAAGUUUGUAUAAAUAAUUGUUCUGAAAGUGACAUAAUGGCUGCAAUGGAUGCUGCAAUUGAUGAUGGAGUGGAUUUGAUUUCCCUUUCCCUUGGCGGCCCUGCUAGAAAUUUUUUUGACGAAAAUAUUGCAGUGGGUGCAUUUAGUGCAAUUGAAAAGGGCAUUUUUGUUAGUGCCUCGGCUGGAAAUGAUGGGCCGAGACUUGGUACUAUGGGGAAUGGUGCUCCGUGGAUACUCACUGUGGGUGCAAGCACUAUUGACAGAAAGAUUAGAGCAACUGCAGUGCUGGGAAACAAAGAAGAGCUAGAUGGAGAGUCGGCUUUUCAGCCUAUGGAUUUUGAUCCAACGCAAUUAUCUCUCGUCUACCCUGGACUGACUGCUAGUAACCCAUUUUGCACGCCAGCAUCUCUUGCAAGCAUCGAUAUCAGAGGGAAAAUAGUCUUGUGCGAAACAGGUGAGAUAGAAAGCAUUGAGAAAGGUCAAGCAGUUAGGAAUUCUGGUGGCGUCGCCAUGAUUCUCAUGAACCAGGAGCCCGAUGGCUAUACUAUAUGGGCAGAGGCUCAUGUUCUUCCUGCAGUUCAUAUCAGUUAUGUCGAUGGACUAAAAGUGAAAGCAUAUAUUAAUUCAACUGCUACUCCAACAACUUCAAUUUCAUUCAAAGGAACUAUUAUUGGAGAUGAUCUGGCUCCAUCGAUUGCUUCUUUUUCAAAUAGGGGUCCUAAUCCAGCAAGCCUUGGAAUCCUUAAACCCGAUAUUAUUGGCCCUGGUGUCAAUAUUCUUGCAGCUUGGCAUGUUUCUAUUGAAAACAUCAAUACCAAAUCUACAUUCAACAUGAUUUCGGGAACUUCAAUGUCUUGUCCUCACCUUAGUGGCGUUGCAGCAUUACUCAAAAGUGCACACCCUGAUUGGUCCCCUGCAAUGAUUAAGUCUGCAAUUAUGACAACUGCUAAUCGUAUGAACCUCGCCAAUAACCCGAUUGAAGACCAAACUUUGCAACCUGCAAAUGUUUUUGCUACUGGUUCUGGUCAUGUGAACCCAUCAAAAGCGACUGAUCCAGGAUUGGUUUAUAAUAUUCAACCUGAAGAGUACAUAUCUUAUUUAUGUGGCUUGAAUUAUACGAACCAGCAGGUUGAAAUUAUUGCGAACCGAGUUGUUAACUGUAUGGAUAUAUCUAGCAUAUCUGAAGCCCAGCUAAACUAUCCUUCAUUUUCUGUCUUUCUUGGAUCCAAAAAUCAGACAUAUUCCAGGAUAGUUACAAACGUUGGUGAGGCCAAUUCAACUUACUCGAUCAAAAUCGACCCUCCACCGGGCAUUGAUUUGAGUGUUGAGCCCAGUAGACUCCAAUUUUUCGGGCUGAACCAGAAGAUGACAUAUAAUUUGACAUUCAGUCGAUCAGCCACUGCUAGAAGUAAAUCAAUUGUUCAAGGAUUUCUUACGUGGAUUUCUGCUAAGUAUUCUGUGACGAGUCCAAUUGUUGUUUUCAUUGAAUGA